GCCCCGUUUAUCGUUCUGUAACCACUUCCAUCCACUGUAUCUACUUUGUACUCAAUAGAAGUUGUUAAAAUAGGUAACAUUUUGUACUUUUGUCAUUUAUAAACUGACAAAAUGCAGUACAUCAUAGUAACACAGUUAGAAACAACGGGACUAGUAUCUUGUAAAAUACAGGGAUUGAACGACGUGGAUAAAUUAAAGAUAGAACAAGAAUUAACAAAGUCAGGUUUGGUUUACAUCAUAAAAGAUAAAUUUAUUGAAAUCGACAUUCAAGGAGUGCAAGUACUAAAUCUCCUCGCUGGAAAUCAUUACAGCUACAGAAUUAUCGGACAAUCAAUGAUUAUGGAAGAAUCUAGUGUUGGAGGAAGAAUUAGUAAAGUUGAAAAAAUUACAUGGACUUUAAAGAAAGAAAAAUGAAAGCUGGCUUGGUUUUGUAACUAGCUCAAUGAAAAUUGUUUAU